AUGGGCACACGUGUGGCCGGGCCAGCCUUCGCCGCAGGCUGCCGCCCGUCGCCAGCCGCCGCCCCCGCCGGGCGGCAGCAGCAGCAGCCGCGCGGCCGCCGCCAGCUACACGUGGCAGCAGCAAAGAAGGGCGGCAAGAAGGGCGGCGGCGGCGGCGGCAAGAAGGGGGCCGGCAGCCUCAUGAACCCGCCCAAGCCGGCAGAACCGUACCUGCAGAACCCCGUCAUCAUGCAGAACCUGCUGCUGGUGGAGUCGCACUUCCGCAAGACGGGCAGGCCCAUCUUCUCGCGCGAGAUCGAGAUCAGCGAUGUGGCGCGGGAGCUGUGGGAGGCGCCCUUUGCGGUGCUGGCACACGACAUAGAGGAGGGAGAGCCCAACCGCUUCUGCUACGGCAACAAGGCGGCGCUGCGGCUGUUUGAGUGCACGUGGGAGGAGCUGGUCGGCACCGAGUCGACGCAGAGCGCAGAGGAUGUGGCAGAGGUGGGGUGGCGGUGGUGGUGA